CUCCCGGAAAGAUAAAAAAUAUACUGGAUAUUCAUGCGAUUUAUUCUUCACAAAAUAGCCCUACAGCUGGCUCAUAAUUCGACCGUUUCCUGUCCUGCAGUUUCGGAGUUGGUCCACUCCUUAACGGCGCACAGAGCAUUUCCUCUCUUAACUGGUCCACUGCAUCCUUAUCAGGGACUCAGCCAACGUUCCCUCGUAGAAUACAUGGCACGAGUCGGAGCACUUCGUCAGGAAUUAUCAGCAAAGAUUAAGUUGAUGUUAGUGAUAACGCAGAAGGGCCACCUGUCCUUAUCUUUAUCGUCCCACUCAACAUCUCAUGACAAGAACGACCUUUUCUCAACGCCUGUUAGCGACGGAGAAAGCCAGUGACGGUUCAGAAAGCCAGCGAAAGUCAAGGAAAGCCAGUGACAGUUCA